AAGGUCGCAUGCCACAAAACUGCUCCAGGCUGCGCCAAAAUUCAUGUUUUUUCUGAUGGUAACCAUGAAUCUGACUGCUCCUCUGCUGCUGCUGCUUCUCGCCGCUUGUAUGGCCAGUGGUGCGCUGCUGCCCAAGGCCUUAUGGCAGUUUGGGAAGUUGAUCCAAUGCCCUCAGCCUGGCGUUAACCCUCUGAAGUACAACGAUUACGGCUGCUGGUGUGGCUUUGGGGGGGUGGGAAGCCCUCUGGAUGAAGUGGACAUGUGCUGUAAAGUUCAUGAUAAAUGCUAUAGGGCGGCCAGAAAGGCUCCUGGAUGCACGGCUAUUGUUGACCUUCCCUAUGUUCUUGUGUACGAUUUCACCUGUUCAAAUCAGCAGGUGACCUGCUCAGCUACCAAUGAUAAGUGCCAGGCAGCCGUGUGUGAGUGCGAUCGGGUGGCGGCUCACUGCUUUGCUCAAACCAAAUACAACCCUGACAACAAGAACGUGGAUCCCAAAGUCCAAUGUGUCGACUGAGUUGUACAACUCACGCAAAAAAAAACACACAACAGAAUGUCUGAUUUU